AGAGGAAGAGUCAAAGAGAGAGGCUCAACUCGACGGAAAAUCUGUCUCCCUCCAUCCAUCAGGUUACGUUUUUUCGACCACCAAGCAAAGGAGUUUUUGUAUGGAGGUCAAUGAGCGAGUGUCGAAUUUGGUCAACAAAAAACGAAUGAUUUAUUUGCUACGUGAAGUUUAUUUGAUCGAAUAGAAGUUUUGUAAUGUUUAGGUUGUCAUGAGUGUAGUGAUAAAGUAGGACACGUGACAUUCCGGCAUCUUGCGUUGUCUCGAGAUGGCUAUUGCAUAUUUAUUGUAUGAGGCUAGUAGCAUAGCAUCUUUCCAUCCAAUACAGGCGGUUGACGUCAACAACCCUCGUCAAAUAUUCAAGAGUGUUAAAAUAAUUAGAUUUAUCAGCAGCAAGAUUUGUGACCUGUUGCCACAAGAAAAGGGCAACCAGUGAAGAACAAACACCAUUGUAAAUACAACCCAUUUUUAUGCUUAUUUAUUUUCCCUUGUGUACUUUAACCAUUUGCACAUGGGUACAACACUAUAUAUACACAUAAUGACAUGUGUAAUGUCUUUAUUGUUUUGAAACUUCUAUGUGUAAUGUUUACUGUUAAUUUAUAUGGUUUAUUUCAUUUUUGUAUGUUAUCUACCUCACUUGCUUUGGCAAUGUUAACACAUGUUUCCCAUGCCAAUAAAGCCCCUUGAAUUGAAUUGUAUCCACCGAUCCAAAGAAAGAAUAGGCGGGAGCUUUGUUGUCCACAAAGCAGCCCGCUGUACUGUUUUGUGGACAACAACUGCCACUAUUAGGGGGGAGAGAAGCAUCUUAUCAGUAUAUCCAUCAUCUUUGUUUACACAUCGUCUCGAGGUCUAGGAUGAGUUUGCCCAAUCCCAAACCCUAGAUUUAACGGCAUGGGGGAUACAAAAAUAUCUGAUUCUGAACCAGAUGUUAGAGGCAACCUCUUCAACACCGAGUGGGCCAUAUUUUCAAUAAUUUCUCUGAAUUUGUAAGAGCAGCAAUAAUAGGGGACGAGAGGGAAACAAUUUAGUUUAUGUUGUGGAUAGGUUUGUAAAAUUGUGAAAAACAUGUUCACCUAUUCUGAGAACCAAGUGGGCUAUUCAAAUGUCUAAAUGCACCUUUCCACACAGUUACAUAGCAAAAUAAACGUCCCUCCAAUGUUGACACACACAUCCACUAGGCUUACCAAAUGCCUCGUUUAAUGCAAUAACAAUCAAAUAUGGACAUUGCAUGACAUACCUCUGAAAGCCCGUGCCUCUUAGCUUUCCGUAGAAUGGCGCGUUUAAAUGAUGUCAUGUGAGUAAACUGCGAUUCGUCCCAUGGAUACGAGGGACGCUGUUUACAGUGAAACGUUGGAUACAUUGUAGCGAUCGUGGCUGAUCGAUCCAUGGUCAAAUCAUGUUGUUGCUACAAUUUUAAUUUGAAAACGGACACAUCUAAUCAAAUGCAUAUGUCGUAUGCAUUCGUCUACUUGUUUUGUACACGACUGCAAAGCAGAUAUAUUCUUGCUAGCAGCCCCGUGUAAAUCUAAUAGAUAGAAUGUGGAAUCGUUGUGGCAUGAGUUCAGCUCUGGAAAGAGCACAGGCACAGCUCUCAGAGAGGAGAAUUACCAAAAACACUGCUGACUCGAAGGAUAACCCAGAGCGUUAUGUGGCCAAAGGAACAGUUAAAACCCAUGGAGAUCCAGGAUAUGUGGACACCAUUGCCAAUAGGAUAAACACCUCACAAGCCAGACAAACCCCACUCCAGGACCUGAGCGACCUAUCGUUAUCCUUAGAGGACGACUCACCACCAGAGAGCGUUGGGGCUGGUUGGGGGAGCAGGUUCAUCAAGAAAGCCCCUCCACCUGCUACCAGCCAACCUCCAGCCCAGAGCAGGACCCAGACACAGCCGGUCGAGCCCAAAUAUGUGACCACAUGCCAGAGGAGCUCACAGAGCGCGGCCCUGAGCCGACUGGCCCUCAUAGAGAACCGCAUCCGAAACCGGCAACAAGCCAGAGAUGGACUAGCACUGUCUAAUAGGAGUACACCACCAGCCCCCCAGGAGAGGGAGACGCCCCUAACCCUAUCUGACCAGUCCAGCAGUGACCUCAGCAUGAAGGGAAAACGCUUCCUGAAGAAGUCAGUGAAUGCAUCACCUACAGCUGCUGUAGUUCCCAAGGAGAAAGGCCCAGAUCUGGAUCUCAUGCCAUUGGGUGGUUUCAAAGCCCCUACUCCUCCAGUGGCCAGUCGUGGUGUGACUCUGGACAGUGAUGAGGAGGAUAUGAGGAAGCUCCUGGGAGGCUCUUUUGAGUUGUCAGAGGAUAGCCUGCACAAAGAAGCAAGAGUGUCCUCACAGACAACUAGAAAGUCCUUUGUCAAAAGAAGCCAAAAGGUUUCACCCUCACCCCCACUGGUAGACUGGCUAUCCUCAGUCAGAGCACUGUCCCGCUCCCCACCCUUUCCUCAACGACUCGGGUCCCCCAAUCGCUUCUCCAGCCGAGGCCUGGCACAGCAUAGCCCUUCUCUCUCCAUCCGCAGUGCCUCAGUUGUCCUCUCUCCAUCGCCCUCUCCCCCCAACACUCCCGCCCCAGGCAGACAGGGCUCCCCCCGGGCCAGACACCUCAGGUGCUCCCGGUCCUCAGUGUCAGCCCUCAGCGAGGUGCGCUCCCUGGAGGAGCUCUUCCCUGAGGCCUUGGGCUCCCUGGUGGAACUCUACCCUGAGGACCUGCCCUCUGACGAUGCCAUCAGUGAGAAAAGUGGGGUCUCUGAUGAAUUCAAGCUUAACAUUAUGUCAUUGGACGACCUGGCACCGGUUAUCACGCUUGAAGUGUCUGAGAACAAAAAAAUGUAUAAGAAAGAAACCAAAGCGGUCAAGGACCCUGCCGCUAGAUCAUUUAUGGAGGAAGUUUCCAGUGAGGAGCAGAUCCCAUCAGAGGAGCCCAGGAAGGACUAUGAGAGUGACUUUGAGAGUGAGAUCAGGACUGAGACAGACAGGAGUAGGGUGAGUGAGAUCUCUGAGCACCUGGGAUACGGGGACAAGGACAUGUCGGAGGUCAGGAACUACAUCGUCUCGGACAUAUCCCGGCAAGACAAGUACUCCAGUGUCUCGGAGGGAGACAGUUACGACACCCACACAGACUACAGUAGAACCGCUGAUUCAUUUACUGGCAGAAGCAGCAAGGGUUCCUAUUCCCGAUCACCAUCUCGCUCCCCCUCUGUGGCUGACACCAUCACGCCGUCUAGUGUGUGGAAAAGACGCUCGCCCAGCAGGAGGGGCGUGAGAGAGGCUGCGGUGCAGACCCAAGCAGACGGACUGGCCUACACCUGGUCCUCCGUCUGUGUAGGUAUGGCCGCCCUGGGUCCAGCGGUGGGGAUGGCCUACGUGGAUCCAACCCCUGUUGCAAGUCACACCGUCAGUGCAGAGGCUGUGGAGGCCCUCAGUGCAUACAGCCCUGCUGUGUUUGUCCUUAACGACAUGCUGAGGCAGCAGCUGGCCCUCACCAAACACUUUGUCCAGACCAGUCGCCACCUCCACUCCUCCUUGCUGCAGUCCCUGGGCCCUGCAGACUACACCUACACCACUCUGGAGGACACCAAGGAGUUCAUUCGCUGUCACAAGUCUCCCCAGCUGACCAUGGAAGAGGCCUUGGAGGAGGUUCUUCAGGAAAUGAGAGAGUAUCACUAUAUCUGACAACCAGGAGCUGCCUUGACUGCACUCAGCGCUGGAAAUGUAUGGACACUUUACAUGGUACUAUUAACAUUUUAUACCAGAUCAUUUUUGUAAUGAAAUGUAUUAGUUGAUGCAUGUGAGACUGACCUACAGAUCAGGACAUCCUUAUGACAAGAUAAUUUACUGAGUGUCAUGUUCAAAAGAAUGUACCGCUUUUAUAUUCAGAUCAAUGAGGACAUGUAAUGCUGUUCAAUAAAAAGUUGAAGAACUGGAA